AGAUUCGCCCUCUGUCUCCGCACUCCAGCGGCCACCCGAGCGCCGGAACAUCAGUGCCCGUCGCGCAGAAUGGGAUAACGAUGUUGGGGGAGCCAUAUAGGACGGCCAGUACAACUAGUGACAGCGAGCACGUCACGCUGCGCAUUCGCUCCGCCGACGAGCCACAAAGUGUUGGGCUCUGAUCAGCAGAGGGCGCUUGCGUCAGCAAGGGCACAUUGUGCUCGCUCAAUAGCCAUGCAGCAACUGAUCGGCACUCAAGAGUCACAGGCGGUGAGCAUGGCGAGCGAGGAAUUUGAAUCAGUCGCAAGUGAGUGCAAUGUUGGGCAGAGUAGUCCGCACCAGAACGGAAUACGAGGGGUCAUUUCCAGCCAUCAUGGGAUUUGGCGUAUUUUUCCACACAGUUCCUCCUCGCCGUCUUGUGAUUGCGCGACACUUGCAGAUGUGGAAGUGCGAUAUUGAAGUCCAGCGGCCGGCGGUAAGGAAACUGCCACCUGCGAGGUGGCCCUCGCCGAUGGUCCAUUCUCACUUAUAUCCGAGUCGUCUUGCAAUGUACACACCGACAUCUGUACAGCAUACACAGCAUAUCAUCUGGUGCCGACACCGAUGUCCGCCAUCGAGCGCAAAAGCAUGGGAGGGUGAGAUGCUGGGAAGCCGGCAGACAUUUGAAACUGGGAGGGAUCUGAGAUCCAUAGCGACCCUUCCACCCGCUUCCCGCGUUACCGCGUUCCAUCCCACCCACCCGACCAAACGAGGACACCUCGUCAGAUCUCGCGGCGAUCACUGAUGGUCUAGGCGCCUGGGCGAUCGCACGGCGCACGGCUUGAAGAUCGGCCUUCGCGUCGAGUCGUUUCUGGAUCAGUUGUGGCUGACUGCA